AGCAGCGGACUCAGGUGCAAGCAAUCAUUUCGAGGGGGAAGGAGAGAAAUAGCGACAGAAGCUCCAGCCGCACCAUAGUCAUUAGGACUCUCCUGUCAAGCAGUUCAUCAUAGCGGCCGAUAAGGAUGCGUGUAGGUGAGAAAGAUUGCUCUAUUGCUUUAACAAAGAAUUAGAGAAAGUAGUCAUUUUAUACGUGCUCCGUGGCUUAUAGACGAAGGGAAUGGAUAGCCGGAAAUAUUCUGGGAUGUUACAAAAUCAGAAGGACUUUCUGUACAGCGUGGCGAUGCACGACAGGAAAUUAACUCCAAAAAGAAUGCUUUCUCUCAAACUGCUGCAACAGCAUUGAAAAUUUUUCUUUUCUAGUAUCUGAAAUUCCUCCUGAAGACACAGCAAGGACUAUCAGAAACAUCGGAGAGAUUAUGGUACUUUCAAAGAGACUUAAAGCAAAUGCCAGCAUAAUAGCUGAAUGACCUUGGAGAUCAUUUUGUGUGGAUUCAUUAAUUCUCACUGCCAGUCUUCUAGUCUCAGGAACUCUAGGAUUAAAGAUGGUUUUAACAUUUUAGAGGCCUUUCAAAAAGCGAGAUUGUAUACAAUUAAUUACCUACCUAAUGAUUCCUGAACUAAUCAAGCAUUUACUUAAAACUGAACACAGAAGAUGCUUUCUUUUAACGUUUGCUUUCUCCAUAACUGCGAAUAAAAUGAACAAGGUAAUGUCCUGCAAUUAGAAGAACAUUUUUUUAAAGAAACUAUUUAUUUUGCUGAUCAUCUCAUAAAUAUAGCAACCCUAAAACUACAUAGAAGAUGAAGCUGAAUAACAGAAUAAUGGAGUAGUAAACAAUGGCAGCUUUUCUAGUCAAAUCAGCAUUUCAUUAGCUUCACGGCAGAAUGCAGAUGGAAGUUUCUGUUCUCGUUGUAUGGGGGUUUGUGAAAUGGUUCAGGUGUUGCUACAGAGCUAAGGUGUGCCAGAGGUGAUGCACUGAUGCUGAGGAGGCAUCAACAGCUAUGGGACUGUAAUCCUCUCAAAUGUAAGCACUGGCAGUGUCUACAAAGGGAGAUCGUGAGACGCUGAAGCAGAGUUUAGCUGCUGUUAAGCAGGUCAUCUGCUCACUAAGGCUCAGAUUGCAGUGUUCCCUUAUCACAAAACAUGAACCAGUCCCGAUGGAUUGAAUGGAGGACUCUGAAUAUGAGCAGUAGUGUUAUGAACGUAUCUGAGCAUCUCUCCUGCCCUCUUGGAUUUGGUCACUACAAUGCAGUUGACAUCUGUAUCCUUGAGACAGUUGUUAUUGUCCUGCUAACAUUUUUAAUUAUUGCGGGUAACUUAACUGUGGUAUUUGUUUUUCACUGUGCUCCACUUCUGCAUCAUUAUACCACCAGCUAUUUUAUUCAGACCAUGGCCUAUGCUGAUCUUUUUGUUGGAGUUAGCUGCUUGGUUCCUACUUUGUCACUGCUCCACUACUCGACAGGUGUCCACGAGUCUUUGACUUGUCAAGUUUUUGGAUAUAUCAUCUCUGUGCUAAAAAGCGUAUCUAUGGCAUGUCUUGCUUGCAUCAGUGUGGAUCGCUAUCUUGCUAUAACAAAGCCUCUCUCCUAUAAUCAGCUGGUCACACCUUGUCGCUUGAGAAUCUGCAUCAUUUUGAUCUGGAUAUACUCUUGUCUGAUCUUCUUGCCUUCCUUUUUUGGAUGGGGAAAACCUGGUUACCAUGGAGAUAUUUUUGAGUGGUGUGCUACCUCCUGGCUAACUAAUGCCUAUUUUACUGGCUUUAUUGUGUGCUUACUAUACGCUCCUGCUGCCUUUGUCAUAUGUUUCACAUAUUUCCACAUCUUUAAAAUUUGCCGGCAGCACACCAAAGAGAUAAAUGAUCGGAGAGCUCGAUUUCCUAGCCACGAAGUGGAUGCUGCUGGGGAGACAGGGCACAGCCCUGAUCGCCGCUAUGCCAUGGUUUUGUUUCGGAUAACCAGUGUGUUCUACAUGCUGUGGCUCCCCUAUAUCAUAUACUUUCUGCUGGAGAGCUCUAGGGUGUUGGAAAACCCAGCACUUUCCUUCUUAACAACAUGGCUUGCUAUAAGCAAUAGUUUCUGCAACUGUGUAAUAUAUAGCCUCUCCAACAGCGUUUUCAGGCUGGGACUGCGGAGACUGUCAGAGACAAUAUGUUCAUCCUGUAUGUGUUUAAAAGACAGGGAUGUACGGGACCCUAAACCAAGAAAACGGGCUAAUUCCUGCUCCAUUUAGAGAAAACUGGCGCAUGUAAUGAAACGCGGAGUUUUGAUAGUAUUUGCUGUGUCUGGAAACUUGCCAGCAGAGAAGUGUUUACUUGAAUAGCUUUCUAUGAUGUUAGAGAGAGUUUAAAAGUGAUUGAGUGAUUGCGGAAAAGGAAGAGGCUGCUGUAAGAGGGCUCGCUGAACUUGAAUAUAGCUCUUGCGAGAUUGUGAGGAGAGCAAUUCGACAAGAGACGAUGAAGAAAGUCAGAACUAAAAAUCUUCCAAAGGGUAUGAAGUAACUACCACAUCAGAGGAGGUUCCUCAUAAAAUAAAUUAGUUACUACCUUGUAUUUUCCCCCUUGUAGAAAAGUUGUCUUACUAUCUUUGUGUCAGAAUAUACUGUAGCCUUCUGAAUUUAAAUAUAUUUAAGAGGAAACAAUCAACAAGACAGUAAGUGGCUAUCCGUAAAUUAUAUACCUGAGGACUGUAGUAGAUAUUGCAGAUUAAUAAUCAGCUCUAUCUCUGCUCGCAUCUUGUACAAUUUUCAGUUGUACAAACAAUCCGCAAUGCAUAAAACCUACACUGGGCAUGACGCUUUUGGAUAAAAUGGCGCAUUUUGGUACAACUUUUACAGAAGCUCUCCUUCUCAUUUCCCCUUUUUUUCCAUACUGUGCAUCCCUAGAUUCCAUCGUGUUCAAGUGGUUUAGUUUGAGGGCACCUAUGAGGUAAACUUGAGUUUCAAACCAUUCUCCCUGCAGAAAGCAAUAACCCUUCCUGGCUCGCUGACUAACUGCAGCUGCCCAUGUACAAUGACUUAUUCAGUCUUUCAUUCUCUUGAUCCUGUUAAAUUAGCACACAGUAUUGAUGUAGUGUCCUUUAGGGUGUACUAAAGCUUUUCCUUUAUUGGCUACACAGAUAAUCCUAAUGCAAAUAUGAUAAUCGCUCACAGCAGUGUGCAUCACUGCUUAGAAAAUUAAAACUAACUAACCCUUUACUUUGGGAAGUCUAAAUAGCUUACUGUUGUAGCUGUCAGUCUGUUGUGUGAACCUAGCUUGCACAUACUGUAUUUUUUUUAGAGAAAACGUAAAUUGUGGUCUGUGCCUAAUGUUUUCAUAGCACAUGGAAUAGGUCAAUGCUACAGGAUUAAAAAACUACACUUGCUUUAAGAGACAUACUUCCAUGCAGUUGUUGAAUAGCUGCAUGUUAGACAAGUGUUCUUGGAAAAGGUGAACAAGACAGUUUAGUAUUAAAUGCAGGCAAAGAGCUUCAGUAUAUUUCCUUUCGUACUGAACGGAUUUUCAGGUCCACUGAUUCAAUCUUUUUUAUUUUGCAAGGGUGCACAUUAGGUUUGUGUAAUAAAUUGCCAGGGGUUCAGAUGCAUGCCAAUUGAUAAAAUAUUUAAAUUAUUAUUUUGAACCAAAUAUAGUUUUCUUAGAUGGUUAUUGGCUUUUUUAAAAGGCCCAAUUAUUGAUUAUUGGUGCCUUUUAACACUGCACUAUUCUUCCUUCUUACACCAAAAUGCAUAUGUAGAGAUUGUGCCUAUUACUUUUUGUAAUGGAAGCCAACCACGCUUGCACACUUGUGGUUUGAUUCUAGAGCUCCCUUAAUUAUGUAUUCUUUGUUAUGUUGAGGUGGUUCUGAACCCCUGUACAUUUUUUUUUAAACGUGUAAGAAAGUUGAAACAAUGGAAUAAAGUAGUAUUAUGUAUAUCAAAACCAGCCUUGGCGUUAGUUCCCUGAUGUUACGCUCUGUUCUCUGUGAAAGUUCUUUUGGGUUAGCACUCAAGAGUGAACAAGUUAAUAUUCAGUGCUUACUUGCCAUCUUAAAUGUUUAUAUACUAGUUUCUAGCAUUGCACAAUCUUUAAAGCAGAUUGAAAUAUGACUUGAAACAUUCCUCUAGCUAAGCUGAGCUGUUGCUGACAAUUAGCCCUGAUAGAUAUGAAAAAAUGAGUAGUAUUCUUUGCACGUAUCUCUAAUGCUCCAUGUCUACAGGAAUGUGUCUGCUGCCUUCUUUUGAAAAGUUACUGUUUAGAAGGCUCUUUUUGGCUAACUGCUGCUCUCUAAGGCUGUGUAACCCCAUCUCUUCUUACAAACACGACUUGGAUUAAUUUUGUUUUGUUAUUUUGUCAUUGUUCCCUGCUUAGUAGGUCCUUAGCAUGGAAGACUUUGACAAGGAACAAUGAAAUAUCUAAUUUCUCACAACUCACAGGGCUGGUUUCAUACCAAUAAAGUAGUUUUAUACCUGUGCUCCAGAGCUGGCUGCUUACCGCUUCUGUUUUUUUUGUUGGUAUUUCUGGUAACAAGUUUCUAUGGGACCUUCUGAAAUUCAAGAAAAGUUCUAGAAAAUGCCUGAAGUUGAGCUGACCUUCUAUGUAACGCAGCCUGGAGACAGUAGAUGCAUUGUUAGCAUGGUACUGUAACUACAAAUAUGUAGAAAUACACAAGCUAACUCAUUUGUAUCUGUAGUGCCUUAGUUGAACCCUGCUUGUAUAACCUCAGCAAGUUGAUGUACAGCAACUUGAAGCUUUAUUGCCUGCAAAUGGUAGGUCAGAAAGAGAGCUUCACUUCAGUGGUUGCAGCACAACGUUUACUCACCAGCUCACCGGCUUCUUGCCCUAAAGGGCAGAGUUAGCAAUACUUUUCUCUCUACCAUCAUGUUGAGCUUGUGGAGUUGUCAGGUGGAACUGAAGAUUUCCUUUUUCCGCAGGCUGAGAAUGUAGUAGAAAUCCAAUACCCUGCAAACAAAUCAUAGGUUCCCAGGUUCUUCACCCUUUUUUGGGGGGGUUGUUUCUUAAACAUUGGCUUAUAUGUUGUUGGUGCAAGAACACUAAUUUUGCUUAUCUAGACCCUGAAUUUCAGUUGCUGUAAAGUCACACUAUGUCCUGUUCUCUGUACAUCUGAGUCUCCUGGUCUCCUGGAAUCUGUCAAAAAUCUUCAGCAGAGUUAAAUACUGGCAUUUCUUCUUGCUGUUUCCCAGAUGACAGGAUUUAACCUGGUGGUUGGUCACGUGAAUUUUUAAAUUUAGUAAGUGUGUUUCAUUUUUUGAAAGUGUUUUCUAAACUCACAAGUUACAAUUUUAUUUGAGGGAGGUUUGUUAUUGUUUUACGACUGCUGUCUGAGGAUUCCAGCUGGUGCUAAAUUCUCUUCCAAAAUUAUAAAGCUGGACAUUUUAAUGGAUUAAAAAAGUCCAAUAGAAAUUCCAGUCACCCAAUCUGUCAGUUUUGAUUUUCAAUCUGUCAUUAUGUAAAGUCUCAUGUUCUUCCUGAAAAUCUGAUUAAAGAAUGAGACUUUUAAAGCUGGCAUCUGGAGUACAUAUCCCACUUCCAUGUGCAUAAAGAUCUUUAUGAUUUAUGAAAUACCUAGUAAAUAGGUGACCAGAUGCUAACUAAAAAAAUCAAUACGAAAAAAUCAUUGUUGAUAAUACAGGUAAUAAUAAAAUCUCUCCAUAUACAGAUAUAUCAAGGGAGUUGUUAAAACUGUAG